AUGCAGCUGCCGCAGCCUGUCAAGUAUGAGGACAUCCAGCGGGAGAUCAUGAUGGCACUGCGGCCGGAUCUUUUUGAAGGCAUGCGGUUUGAGAUCACGCGGCCCCUGAACCAGAACUUCUUCCUUACCCACAGCGUAUUCAUGGGCAACAUCGAGGUGCCCGCACCUGGCGCGCGGCAGCCAAUCAAAACGUCUGUCGGGACCUACGAGUUCGGCGCCAAUGUGAUCCACGAAAACUGGUUUGCUCUCGGCCGCGUGACGUCGGACGGGCGGCUGUCUGGGCGGCUGAGGCGCGACCUCACUGACUGGUGUGCGGCCAAGGUGCACAUGCAGCUCAGCGGGGAGCAGGGGCAGAGCCAGAUCAUGGGGGACCUGGACAUCAAGGGCAAAGACUGGAAUGCGCAGCUGAAGCUCGGCAACCCGGGGUUCUACGGGCUCAACUACUUCCAGUCUAUCACGCCGAACCUCAGCGCGGGAGGCGAGUUCUUCUAUUUGUCCGGGCAGCUGAAGAGCGGUGUGGGCCUGGCCCUGCGCCACACGGGGGAGCGGCACAUCGCCGUGGCGCAGCUGGCCACCACCGGCAUAGCCAACCUCCAGUAUGCCCACAGGGUCACGGACAAGGUCCCCAACCCCUAA